AUGGCAGUCAAGCCUGACGAUAACAACCGCCCGCCCUACGACGAUGUCAUCCAGGCGAUUGUCGCCUAUGUCUUCGACUUCCAGGUAACGUCCCCCAAAGCGUGGAAGCGCGCCCGAGUCGCACUGCUCGACUCUCUAGGCUGUGCCAUCGAGAGCGUACCCGUAUGCACCUCAUUCAUUGGACCGGUGGUCAAGGGCACCGUAGUCCCGCAUGGGUUUCACCUUCCUGGGACAUCCUACGUGCUCGACCCGCUCAAGGCCGCUUUCGACCUCGGCUCCCUCAUCCGGUACCUCGACCACAGUGACGCCUUCCCGGGUGCGGAAUGGGGCCAUCCGUCCGACAACAUCGGUGCUAUUUUGCCUGUUGCGGACUGGCUCAGCCGCCAGGGGGACGAUAAUAUGACGAUGCAGGAUGUGCUGGAAGCGCUCAUCAAAGCAUACGAAAUCCAAGGUUGCUUCCAGAUGCGAAAUGCUUUCAACAAAGUCGGCAUAGACCACGUAGUCCUCGUCAAGGUCGCCGUGGCGGCGGUUGUCUCAAAGCUGAUGAACCUAACGCGCGCACAGGCUAACGAUGCUGUUAGCCAGGCGUUUGCUGACGGACAGCCGCUGCGAGUUUAUAGGCAGUCACCCAACACCAGUCCUCGUAAGGGUUGGGCGGCGGGUGAUGCAUGCAUGCGGGCCGUACACCUCGUCCUCAUGACGAAGUCUGGUCAGCCCGGCUUCCCAACCGUUCUUACCGCGCCAAGAUGGGGCUUCUAUGAUACGUCCUUCGGCAGCAAGCCAUUCGAGUUCCCUGUCCCGUUCGGGACCAUGGUCGUAGAGAGCCACUUCAUCAAGCUCGUCGUGGCUGAGGGGCACGCGAUCUCCGCCGUCGAGGGCGCGCGAACCCUCUCGAAGCGACUGAAAGAACGCAUCGGGUCGAUCCGCUCGAUCCGCAUCCGUACGACGGACGCAGCGAUGACGAUCAUUAACAAAAUCGGACCGCUACACAAUGCAGCAGACCGCGACCACUGCAUGCGCUAUGUCGUCGCGGUGACGCUGCUCAAAGGGGAUUGGCCCACCGCGGCGGACUACACGGACGACUCAUCAUGGGCACGCGACCCGCGUGUGGAAGCACUGCGAGCGAAGAUGACUAUGGAGGAGGACCCGCAGAUGACCCGCGACUACCACAGCCCUCGCUCGCGCAAGGGCGCCACAGCGCUGGAGGUGACGAUGGAUGACGGCACGGUGCUUGAGGAGGUACUCGUAGAACGGCCGAUCGGGCACCCCUGGCGCGCGGAGACGAUCGACGGUACGAGGGAGAAGUUUAUCAAGUUGACGGGCCAGGUCCUCCAGGACCCAUCGACCUUCUGGGAUAAGUUCAUGGCGGAAGACAUUAGUUCUGUGAGGGUCAGAGAUUGGAUGGAUCGUUUCACUGCGCAGCAGACGCCGUUAGUGUAG